AUGUUAGAGAUCCUUCAACAGGUGACCCCUAGACUGGAUGAUCAGGACCCUUGCUUCGCUGCUGCUGAGCUAAGACAUGCUCAAGCUGAAACCAGGACAACCCAAGCUCAGGCCGAGGCAGAGCUAGUGGGCACCAAGGCCAAGCUAGCUGAUGCCGAGGCCAAGCUGGACGAGGCCAAGGCCAAGAUAGCCGAGGCCGAGGCCAGGGCAGCCUACGCCGUGGAGAAGUGCAAGCUGCUUGAAGCCCGAGCAGAAAAAGCAGAGGGCAAGGUGCUGGCAGCAGAAAGGAAAGCGCUCUUUGCCGUCAAUUCUCUCUACCCUGUGCUUGAAGGAAUGCCAGGCCUCUUUGAGGACAUGAAAUCAAGAAUGGCAGCUGGUCCUGCAGUGGUGAAUGCUGGGGCAGCUGAGGCUGGUGGUGCUUCUCUAAAGUUCGGCACCACCAUGUUCCCAGCCAUCCGGAUGGUGCGGCUUAAUAGCACGGCUCCUUCGGUGUAUACGCAAGAGCUUGCUGAAAUGGUUUUUGGCAACGAGACUUUGGGACGGUGUUGCCUGAGGGGGUCCACGGCGGGCAAAGAAGCCAUGGACAAAAAUACCGUGGACGACAUCAUUGUCCACGUCCUGACGAAGUUUUCGAACCUGUCAGAGUCGGACGUCAGGGGUUUCCUGAGACGCAAGUGUAAUAAUGCGGCAACAGCGCUGAAGAAGAAUGGAGGUAGCUGA